AGAACUUCCUGCUUGGAACAGUUCAGGAAGAAGUAAUAAUGGCGACGCUUCUGGGGUCCGAGUCCCCUUGGACUGGAGGAAAACGAAGGAGCCUAAAUGGCAAUAUCAUUGCAAAGAUCAGGCAGAGUCAGAUUGCAGGCCAUAGUUUUAGCCGAGGAACACAGCUUCCAGAGGCCCUGCUCCAGGAGAGGGACAUGAGGGCGAAGUGGCAUGGAAUCCCUGUGCUGCUGCAAAAACUGUAUGAGAGCAGCCACCUCAAUAGCGACCUCUCCCACACUCAUAACGUACUAAAGGAACUAUCAUCCCUGCUUUCCAUGGAGGCCAUGUCCUUUGUCACGGAGGACAGGAAGGCAGCUCAGGAAUCCACCUUUCCCAACACGUACACCUUUGACCUCUUUGGGGGAGUAGAUCUGCUUGUCGAGAUCUUGAUGAGGCCCACUCUCACAAUGCAGAAAAAGAAACUGAAAAUGAAUGACGACUUGGUCAAGGACUGCCUUAGUGUGCUGUACAACUGCUGCAUAUGUACGGAAGGGGUGACAAAAAGCCUUGCAGCAAGGGAAGACUUUGUCCUGUUUCUAUUCACCCUGAUGACCAACAAGAAGACCUUUCUACAGACUGCCACUUUAAUCGAGGAUAUUCUAGGAGUCAAGAAGGAGAUGAUCCAGCUGGAAGGCAUCCCUAACCUGUCCGGCCUGGUCCAGAGCUUUGACCAGCAGCAGCUGGCUAACUUCUGCCGCAUCCUGUCCGUCACCAUCUCAGAGCCCGACGUCGGCAAUGACGAUAAACACACCCUAUUGGCAAAGAACGCGCAGCAGAAACGCAAUGCCAGCCCCUCCCGUGCAGAGGUCAAUCAAGUGACUCUGCUGAACAUCCCAGGCUUCAUCGAGCGCCUGUGCAAGCUGGCCACCAGGAAGGUGUCGGAAGCCACGGGGACAUCCAACUUCUUGCAGGAACUUGAGGACUGGUACACAUGGUUGGACAAUGCCUUGGUGCUGGACGCCCUCAUGCAGAUGGCAACGGAGGAGGCCGAGCACAGCAGCACAGAGUCAUCAGACGAGAGCUCCCUGGCCACAAGUCCUCUGAGACAUCGCCUGCCCCAGUCCAUGAAGAUCGUCCAUGAGAUCAUGUACAAGGUGGAGGUGCUCUACGUGCUGUGUGUGCUGCUGAUGGGCCGCCAGAGGAACCAGGUGCACAAGAUGCUGGCUGAGUUUCGUCUGAUCCCAGGCCUCAACAACCUCUUUGACAAGCUGAUCUGGAGGAAGUACACCUCAUCCAAUCACGUGGUGCAUGGGCAGAAUGAGAACUGUGACUGCAGUCCGGAAAUCUCCUUUAAAAUACAGUUCCUGAGGCUAUUGCAGAGCUUUAGUGACCACCAUGAGAACAAGUACCUGCUUCUGAACAGUCAAGAGCUGAAUGAGCUGAGUGCCAUCUCUCUAAAGGCCAACAUCCCUGAAGUGGAGGCCCUGGUGAACACCGACAGGAGUCUGGUGUGUGACGGGAAGAAGGGUCUCCUCACCCGCCUGCUCACCGUCAUGAAGAGGGAGCCCCCCGACUCCUCCUUCAGGUUCUGGCAGGCGCGGGCGGUGGAGAGCUUCCUCAGAGGAGCCACCUCCUACGCAGACCAGAUGUUCCUCUUGAAGAGAGGCCUGCUGGAGCACAUCCUAUUCUGCAUCAUCGAUAGUGGCUGUAAGUCUAGAGAUGUCCUGCAGAGCUACUUUGACCUGCUGGGGGAGCUCAUGAAGUUCAACAUUGAUGCCUUCAAGAGAUUCAACAAAUACGUCAACACAGAAGAGAAGUUCCAGACCUUCCUGACCCAGAUCAACAGUUCCCUGGUGGACUCCAACAUGCUGGUGCGCUGCAUUGUCCUGUCCCUGGAUCGCUUUGAAAGCCAGACAGAGGAUGUGAAAGUGGUGGAGGUGCUGUCAGAGUGCUGUCUGCUGUCCUACAUGGCCCGAGUGGAGAACAGACUGGCUUUCCUCUUCAGGCUGGUCAACAUCAUCAACGUUCAGACUCUCACACAGGAGAAUGUCAGCUGUCUCAAUACCAGCCUGGUGAUCCUGAUGCUGGCCAGAAGGAGGGGAAAGCUUCCCUUCUACCUCAAUGCCCUCAGAGAGAAGGAAUAUGCUGAGAAGUACCCCGGCUGCCUGCUCAAUAACUUCCACAACCUGCUGCGCUUCUGGCAGCGCCACUACCUCAACAAGGACAAGGACAGCACCUGUUUGGAGAAUAGCUCCUGCAUCCCCUUCAGCUACUGGAAGGAGACCGUGUCAGUGCUGCUGGGUUCAGACAGGACUUCUCUGUGUGCCAUAGCCAGCUACAUUGAUGAGCCAUUCAUGGACCUGGACAGGGACCUGCUGGAGGAUUAACGCCCCCCCACCCCAGGGGCCAUGAGGCCAGGCCUGGCUGGGAUGGGUGGGGGUGGGGGAGGGGGUUACUGGGGGUAUGGACGCCUAAUGUUGGUGAUGACUCCACGGAGCCAGGGCAGGGGUCAGUCCUCACCCAAAGACCCGGAAGUGCUCUGUUUCAUGUGUGGGGAUGCAGAGAGCCAUGCUGUCUAUAACCUGGCUCAGAGACUAUUACUAGAGACAGGAAGGACACACUUGGCUGUCUUCACUCUUUUGUAUGAAUUGGAAGAGAUGAGACUGGCUGUCCUUUAAAGACCCCCCCCCCCUACAGAAGAAUCAAGACAUUUAAUGGACCUUGAAAUACCCAUGUUGGUGGUUUAGGUGGAAGCAAACAUUUUUAUAAAUAUGACAUGCAUCACAAAAUAUAUGGGGAAAAUAUAUAUGUAUGAUUCAACAAA